ACCGGAGCCGCGAGCGCCACCAGGGCAGCAACCACCGCAGCCGCCGCCGCUGGGCUGAGGAGUCGGAGACGCAGGCGGACGAGGUGGCGGCGGCGGCGGAGCGGGAGCGGGGACCGGGCGCGGGCAGAGCGCGGCGGCGCGGCAAUCCUUCGCUGAGGUGUUCGUGUGUUGCACGCUAACAGGUUCUUACCACCUUCAGAGAUGUCUGCUGGCUGAAUGCCCAAGCUUAUGUCAGAGAAGGAAGCUCUGGUUGCUUGGAAUGAAAGAGAUGAGAAAACUGGCUGAGAGAAGUUGUGACUUGCUCAAGGAUGCAGAGAGCAGGCGACAGGUGUAUUCUAGAGAACAAGUCUUCAAACACCUUUGCCAUAUUGACUCUGAGCUGUCAGGGGACUCAGGCUUAUGAGGAGGUACUGUCACAGAAAACAGUGUCUAGUGAAGACGACAAGAAAGAGGGAAAAGGAUCGGAAGAAGAAGCUAAAAUACUGUAGAAAACCAUGAGAUCUAUUAGAUCUUUUGCCAAUGAUGAUCGCCAUGUUAUGGUGAAACAUUCAACAAUUUAUCCAUCUCCGGAGGAACUUGAAGCUGUUCAGAAUAUGGUGUCUACUGUUGAGUGUGCUCUUAAACAUGUCUCGGAUUGGCUGGAUGAAACAAAUAAAGGCACAAAAGCUGAGGGUGAGACAGAAGUGAAGAAGGAUGAGGCUGUAGACUCCUAUUCCAAGGAUCAAGGUGGUCGGACAUUAUGUGGUGUAAUGAGGAUUGGCCUGGUUGCAAAAGGCUUGCUGAUUAAAGAUGAUAUGGACUUGGAGCUGGUUUUAAUGUGCAAAGACAAACCCACAGAGACCCUGUUAAAUACAGUCAAAGAUAAUCUUCCUAUUCAGAUUCAGAAACUCACAGAAGAGAAAUAUCAAGUGGAACAAUGUAUAGAUGAGGCAUCUAUUAUAAUUCGGAAUACAAAAGAACCCACGCUAACUUUGAAGGUGAUACUUACUUCCCCUCUAAUUAGGGACGAAUUGGAGAAGAAGGACGGAGAAAAGGUUGCGAUGAAAGAUCCUCCGGACUUAUUGGACAGGCAGAAAUGCCUGAACGCCUUGGCGUCUCUUCGACAUGCCAAAUGGUUUCAGGCAAGGGCAAAUGGAUUAAAAUCAUGCGUAAUUGUCCUCCGAAUUCUGCGUGAUUUGUGCAACAGAGUCCCCACAUGGGCACCAUUAAAAGGAUGGCCACUAGAGCUUAUAUGUGAAAAGUCUAUAGGUACUUGUAAUAGACCUUUGGGCGCUGGGGAGGCCUUGAGACGAGUAAUGGAGUGUUUGGCAUCUGGAAUUCUACUUCCUGGGGGUCCUGGUCUUCAUGAUCCUUGUGAGAGGGACCCAACAGAUGCUCUGAGCUAUAUGACCAUCCAACAAAAAGAAGAUAUUACCCACAGUGCACAGCAUGCACUCAGACUAUCAGCCUUUGGCCAGAUUUAUAAAGUGCUGGAAAUGGACCCCCUUCCAUCUAGUAAGCCUUUUCAGAAAUAUUCCUGGUCAGUUACUGAUAAAGAAGGUGCUGGGUCUUCAGCUCUGAAGAGGCCAUUUGAAGAUGGAUUAGGGGAUGAUAAAGAUCCCAAUAAGAAGAUGAAACGAAACUUAAGGAAAAUUCUGGAUAGCAAAGCAAUAGACCUUAUGAAUGCACUAAUGAGGCUAAAUCAGAUCAGGCCUGGGCUUCAAUAUAAGCUCUUAUCUCAGUCUGGCCCUGUCCAUGCCCCAGUCUUCACAAUGUCUGUAGAUGUGGAUGGUACAACAUACGAAGCCUCAGGACCAUCCAAGAAAACAGCAAAACUUCACGUAGCAGUGAAGGUACUGCAGGCAAUGGGAUACCCAACGGGCUUUGAUGCAGAUAUUGAAUGUAUGAGUUCCGAUGAAAAGUCAGAUAAUGAAGGCAAAAAUGAAACAGUGUCUUCAAACUCAAGCAAUAAUACUGGAAAUUCUACAACUGAAACCUCCAGUACCUUAGAGGUAAGAACUCAGGGCCCUAUCCUCACAGCAAGUGGCAAAAAUCCUGUAAUGGAGCUCAAUGAAAAAAGAAGAGGUCUUAAGUAUGAACUCAUCUCGGAGACUGGUGGAAGCCAUGACAAACGCUUUGUAAUGGAGGUAGAAGUAGAUGGACAGAAAUUCAGAGGUGCAGGUCCAAAUAAGAAAGUGGCAAAGGCAAGUGCAGCUUUAGCUGCCCUGGAGAAGCUGUUUUCUGGACCCAAUGCAGCAAAUAAUAAGAAAAAGAAGAUUAUCCCUCAGGCAAAGGGUGUUGUGAAUACAGCUGUGUCCGCAGCAGUCCAAGCUGUUCGGGGCAGAGGAAGAGGAACUCUAACAAGGGGAGCUUUUGUUGGGGCCACAGCUGCUCCUGGCUACAUAGCUCCAGGCUAUGGAACACCAUAUGGUUACAGCACAGCUGCCCCUGCCUAUGGUGGUUUUUUCAUUGACAGCCCCUAUUGCCAGCCUCUGAGCGUCGCACCAUUUAUUAUUCACUUGGGCCCUCAAGAUUUCUUCUCUGACUUCUAGAACCAUCAGGUUAAUACUUUUAAGCAGUUUUCAGCACGUUUAUCUCACUUUAUUCUCGUUCUCCUUGGACCUUCGUAGCCAUAUCACUUGUAUAAAAUAGGCUGAGAUAUAGUGACUGUAAGCUGUGGUCUCAGUAUACAAAGGUAAGCUCUUUUAUUUUCUGAUUAAAGAGAAAAUUAAAAAUCGAUGAACACAACAUGCAUAUAUGACAAUCAUAUAUGAUGUAUUUGAUCUCUUAGGUCUUAUAUCAUCACAUUACUUUAAAAUUCUUUAUGAUCUAAAUGUGAAAUAGUUAUUUUCAGCAUUUUGUUUUUAAUACCCUUAUAAUUACUUUCUCUUUGAGAGACAUUUCACUUUUGAGUUAAGUGUGUGUAUGUGUAUAGAAACUUAUAACGUAUAUGCGAAUUACACACACUUACCUGUUUAAAUAAAAGCAUUCGGUGGUGGGAAGUGUUCACCUAAGAAGAUUUUUACAUCAGGGCACUCUUUUGGCCAAAGUGCUGGAAUUUCAUAAGCAGCAAGAUUGGUAACAGUGCCGGUAGGACCCAUUUAUAUGUAGCUGUUACAUAAGCUGAGGAUCAAAGUGCCAAUUUCUCAAGGAGAGAGACUUCUCUGAGAAAUGAAUAUCUCUGAUCUGUGUUGUAUGCCCUAAUACAACAGCAGCAAGAAGCCAUAAAAAAAAAAAAAAAGCAAUAGGAGAUGAAAAAAACCAAAAUAUUAAGGUAACUGUGGAAAAAUACAUAAUUGACUGAGUUAAGCUAAGUAUUUGCAGAAUCAAUUAUGGCAAGACUUAGAAUGGUAAAUACCUGGUGUGCACAGACCAAAUAGAUGUAAGGCAAUUCAUCUGUCUUUUCCAGGUUAGGUAGAUGAUUUAUUUCCCACCUGAUUCAACCGUCAUGGAGUUCAUUUAAAAGAUAUGAGGGUUAGGCCAAAUAUUUUUAAAAGGAUUUGCUUCUUCAUUACGUGUAUUCAUUCCAUAAAUGCAUUUCAUAUGUGUUAGAUGUUCUGUGCUAAGGUUGUACUUGAUAUAUAUAGAUAGAUAGAUAGAUAGAUUAAAAUGAAGUUUAUGUUUUAUAUUUGUCUCUAAGUAGUAUUCUUUUUAUUGCUAAUUUUGAAGGUUGCUGGAACAACUUUUUUCCCAUACAGAAUCUGUAUGUACAUUGAACGUGGCUUCGGCAUCUAUAAAAGGUGGAGUGAGGUCUAGUUGACUAGUACCAAGUACAUUCCAGUCCUGAUCAAACAGCCAAGUGCCCCUUACGGGACAGGUUCUUCUCUGGGUACUAGCGAAACAGGCUCUGCCCAGUGGAAACCUUUUAAAUCGGAGAGUCUCCUUGUUGGUGGAAUUGGGCCUAUUGUAAAUAUCCUAGGUUGGGAGCCAAAUAAUGUAUUAGUAGUGUCAGAAGAUAAUUUACUUAGUUUAUUUAUAAAUUAUUUAAUAAUAUGGGCCCUCUGACAUCACUGAAAAUGGGCAUCAUUUGGAAAUUCACUCAUUUUAAAUUUUCCUGGCAGUUUUGAGAGCCUGAAACCAACUCUGGUUUAUGUUCAUGGACCUCUAUCCACAUAAGUGCAGUGAAUGAAAUGAAUAACAAAGAGCCCAGUCCUUAAAAACCAGUUUUUAUAGUGUAGCAAAGAACAAAAGUGGUUAAACACUGACCACAUUUUUUGAUGACAAAUGAGGGAAAUUUUACUCUUAUAAUCAAUCAUUCAUUAUCAUUUCUCUGUUUCUUGGGUUUCAUUAAUAACUGCAGUGGAGGUAAAUCUUCAGUAGUGAGUUAGAGGAGUGAACUAAGGAGAUCUGCCCCCUUCCCCCCAACCCCAACAGUUAGAUUUCUAGCAAUCUAGAGCCCUAAAAAUCAGGGACAUUGAGAGCAGUUAAAGCUGAAAACAACCUGCUCUGUGAAUGGUCUUCCUGCAACUCCCAUUCAGCUUAUGCCAGUGCCUCCCUGGUGGUGCUGGGAUGGGGGUGGUCCCUCUGAAGUCACCCAGAACAAGAAAGGUUCUGUUGUAUUCAGACUCGUACUCUGAAACCAUCUGAGGCCAUGCCAUCCAUUGACCAGAGAUUUCUCAGUGUUACUUAGGAGGCCGGGAAGGGAGAUGGGUGGUAAAUGAAUAACCUGCAGAGCCAGGAAGCUGUCUACCACUGAGGUGA